AUGACAAUUUUCUACUUUAUCUUUGCGUAUUUUUUGCUUUGCUUCUUUUUGUUGUUGUUGUUUGUUGGCUUAAUACCGCCCUGGCGGCGCUACACACGAGUAAUGGAGGCAAGCGAGGAGGAGGGAGUGACGGGGUGUGUGCAGGUGAUGGUGGCGAGAGGACGACAUGGUGCUGGUGUGAGGGAGCGCGGCAGCCGGAAGCUUCCGAUGGUCCGGCUGGCGGUUUUGUUGAAUUUUUAUUUUAUUUUUGGAGUGGCGUUUUUUUGUACCGGGGAGGAAGUGAAAAGCACGCGCAAGCUUCUCACUAUGGGGCUUGUUGCAGACACCCACUACGACACGUUUCCAGCGGGUGAAAAGGCGCCAUGGGAAACAAUGCAUCAGUGGCUGCGGGAGCAGCGCCAGAGGACGACCGCAUGGACAGUGCGCCGGUAUGAUCUUGCGAGAGACAAGAUGGAUGAGGCCAUUGGGCUCUUUAAUCGUGUUGCGGAUAUGGAUGUGGUGGUAAAUCUCGGGGACCUUGUCAAUAAUAACUUGAUGUGGAACCUGAGGCCCAUCCUGGAUAGCUUCAACCGUGCCAAGGCGCCGCACUACAGUGUUUUGGGCAACCAUGAUCUUCGCGCCCAUAAUGAUCGCUUUGGUAAAAUGAAUAAGACCCAAGAAGAGUGGCUCAGGAAAAAACUGGGUCUGCCUCGCUGGUACUACAAAAUUGAUCACCCGCCAUUCUGUCUUAUUUUUUUGGACUCUUUGGUGAACGAUCCUCAAACCACCAACGCGACCGCAAAAGAGGCGCAAGCAAAAUGGCUAGAAGAGGAACUGCAUGCGGCCAAAGUUGCCGGUCGCGUGGUAAUCCUGUUUGCCCACUUCCCUAUUGGAUUUGAGACAAAUCGACUGGGUCCGCUUUUAAAGGAGUACGACCAAAUGCCAUUGGUGUUUUCUGGGCACAACCACAAGGGGGACUACAGGAUACAGGGAGCGUACCACGUCCACUGUGUCGCGUUGGAGGGACAAGUUGAAACAUUGACAAAUGCAUUUGCGGUUGUGGAAGUCUUUGAAGAUCGUGCGGAGUUGACUGGGUUUGGUCGUGUUCCGUCGCGUAUUCUGCGUUUCCAACCUCAUUUGAUUAAGUUGCUUCAAGAGUACAAUGGAUCGUUGAGGACUAAUUUGUCGUCACAGGGGUGUCAACCACUCCCACCAGAGGAAUUGUGGGUUGGAGAGGUACUGCAAAAGCCACCUCCACUUCGACUGAACAUUCCACAUUACAGGAAGCCGAAUCUUUCACCAACCCUAGUGCGGUUCUUUCCGAAAACCCGUUUUUACAACGAUAUAAUAGUUUGGUUUAACAAUGAGAAGACACAUAAUAUUCGUGGAUCUGAGGAACCCGUAGAUCUUACUUCCGCUACGGGUAAGCGCACCCUGCUUAGCAAUGGUACUUCUGUUAUUUUAGAGACACCCGUAGUGCCUCAUGAACUUUAUGAAGAGAUGACCAGUGGCUGUGGAAAAGACACUGCCCAGCCAAAAAGACGUACUCUUACAGAGGGUGCGAACACAGAUAAUUCGUGGAAAAAGCAAUGGCUUCCCACCAUUGCCCUAUGGUUUUUCUUACUGGCCUUCACGAUUGGAAUUUUUUUUGCUGCCAGGCGAAAAAAACGCGCAAGGCAUAGGGAAUGGGUUGCGUAUACGGAACGAUGA